AUGGAUUGGAUCCAUACCGAGCACUGUCUCCACGCCUUGGUGGAUCAUUUGACGUGCUACGUCCAGUACGAUGUUCUCAACUACAUGUGGGUCGAAGGAGAGCCAGCGGCGGAACCUGAGCUCACCUACAAUCGUCAAUGUCAAGAUCUGGACGCGCUGCUACGCUGGAGCAAGGAUAAUCGUGUCGACAAAGAUUUGCGAGUAUACUAUAUUCAGCCGGCUGCGGGUGACAAGAUCUUUCCCGCAGACGCAGAGUUCCGCAAUAUCGAAAACGAUUACGACCAGAACAACCCCGACCGACCGUCAAUGGAGGAUCGACGGAAGACUUACCAGAAAGCAUACCAAGAUGCGAUAAGCUAUUGGAAAACAACAGGAGAAGUGCCGAUUGAGGAACGACCUUGGUAG